ACUGACUCGGACUUCCACUCGACUUCUUUCCGAACUGCACCUUAGUUACACUUCUUGCACUGUUCGUCUUUUCUUUUACAGUUAAAAAGAAUUCAGAUUUGGUAGCGAAUCAAGUCAACAAAUUAAAUAACUACGCUAUUAAUUUCUUACACGAUUAACAUUUUCUUCUUUUCUCUCGGCGUUGAAAAAAAAGCGAGGAAAAAAACUGUAUACACGUUUUUGUAGUUUUGCGUUAUAUUCCAUGUGAACGUAGCAUAACAGAUUUUGGACAAGCUCGCGAGUGGCGUGCUAUGGCAUGUCAACUUCGCUAAUGUGAUUAUAGUAAUAGUUUAAUUGCGAGGAAAAGAUGGAAGACUUUGUACCAACGCGUGGGUCCCAAGUCAAGAAAUCUGCGACGAGUAAUUAUAUCUCUGUGAAUUACGUGGCACCAAAAAAGAAGUCAACGUCUGUAGAUAACGCUGAUAACGAGAAUAAAUCGUCAAUUAAACAAACGCCAGCCGAGCUAAAGGAACAGCAAGAAAAAGAGAUGAAGAAAUUGCGAUACGAGAUUAUUAAAUUCGGUAUGUCCGGUUUUGAAAAGCCAAAGGCGAAGAGAGCGAAAGUCGAGCUCGCUAUUAGCCUAGGUGCAAAACCUCCCAAGAACAGGAGAAUGAAUUACAAUAAAUUAAAGAUGCGUCAGACGACAAAGAAGGAAAAAAAGAAGGAAGAGGAGGGACAUAAGUCUGGAUUGAGCAAUAGUUUACGUAAACCUAAGUCCAAGAAAACACGAAAGAAAGAUGGUGAUAUUCUACGAGUUUAUGGUAAGGUACCAAAGGGUGUCUUGGCCAAGCAGAAGAGUUGAAUUUAUUAGUAGAAAGUUCUGUAGCAGUUUCUAAAACAUGAAAUUUUGCCCAUGUUGCUAGAGUUAAAAGAAAGAUGUUUGGAAUAAAUAAUCUUGUAAAAAAUGUUAAUUAAAAAUAAAAGCUAUAUAUUUGUAAAUUUUAUUUUUAUUAAUUGAAUAUCUGAUUAGAACUUUUUAAUUCAAUUAGAUAAUAUUAUUCCUGAAAUGUAGCAAAGAAUUAAUGAAAAAAAAACCUAUAUACAAAUUAAAAAUAGUGUAUAACAACUUGUUUGGUAGUCUGGAAAGGGAUCAGCAUGUGCAAAGAAAAAGACCUAAAUUUGUAACUGCAAACAUUUAAAAUAUUUUUUUGUUGAUUCAUCGCUUUCUCAUUACAACAUCAACUAUCUAUUGUCUAACAAUAAUAUCUCUUCUGCAUAUUGUAUACUAUGUAUGAAGAAUAACAAGUAAUAAAAUAAUAUAUUUUUAUAUAA